AACCUAUGUGCAAACAUAUUCGUAAAGGAUUGGAACAAGGUCAGCUGAAAAAGGCACUGCUGAACGUGGAAUGGCAUGUUUGUCAGGACUGCAAGGCAGACAAUAAGACACAAGAGAAAUCUGAGGAGCACACUGACGAAAGCCCUUCAAUAUGGUUAUGUCUAAAAUGUGGCCAUCGGGGCUGUGGCAGGAAUUCUCAAGAACAGCAUGCUUUAAAGCAUUUUAUGACGCCGAGAUCGGAUCCCCAUUGUUUGGUUCUCAGUUUGGACAUCUGGAGUGUGUGUACUAACUCGGCAGUGACUGUGAAAGGACUUAGUAACUUGGGGAAUACAUGUUUCUUUAAUGCAGUGAUGCAG